AUGGGUGAGCAAUCCAAGUCACCGGUGGUCGCCGAGGCCCAUCUGGUUGACACCUAUCACCCUCCGGCAAAGAUGCUUGAAAAGCAUCCUAGUAAACCUCAUCUCGACAGUCUCGAGCAUUACCAACAGUUGUACAAAGAAUCCAUCACCGAGCCCGAGAAGUUCUUCGGCAGGACAGCUAGGGAGUUAUUAACAUGGCAGCGAGAUUUCGAGACUGUUCGUACCGGCUCCCUAGUCGGCGGAGAUGUUGCCUGGUUCGUCGAAGGCCAGCUCAAUGCUUCUUACAACCUCGUCGACCGACACGCAUUCAAGGACCCCAACAGGGUCGCGCUUAUCUACGAGGCUGACGAACCGAACGAAGGCCGGAACGUAACUUACAGCGAGCUCCUUCGUGAAGUUAGCAGAGUCGCACAUGUCCUGAAGAAGAUGGGUGUCAGAAAAGGCGAUACAGUCGCUAUCUACUUACCAAUGAUUCCGGAAGCCGUAAUUGCCUUCCUUGCAGUCACACGUAUCGGCGCUAUCCACUCCGUCGUGUUUGCUGGUUUCUCGGCCGACUCCCUACGUGACCGUGUCAUCGACGCCCAAUCCAAAGUGGUGAUUACCACAGACGAAGGAAAACGAGGUGGCAAGCUGAUCGGUACCAAGAAGAUCGUCGAUGAUGCGCUCAAGCAAUGCCCCGAUGUAGCUGGCGUUCUGGUCUACAAGCGCACCGGCGCUGAAAUUCCCUGGACUCCGGGUCGCGAUCUGUGGUGGCACGAGGAGGUUGAGAAAUGGCCGUCAUACAUUGCCCCUGAAGUCAUGAACGCCGAGGAUCCCCUCUUCCUACUAUACACAUCGGGUUCGACCGGCAAACCAAAGGGUGUUAUGCACACUACUGCCGGAUAUCUGCUCGGUGCCGCGCUGACUGGCAAAUAUGUAUUUGACAUCCACGACGGAGAUCGGUAUUUCUGCGGUGGAGAUGUCGGCUGGAUUACCGGCCACACAUACGUCGUCUAUGCACCUCUUCUCCUCGGCAUAUCCACAGUCGUUUUUGAGGGCACUCCGGCCUACCCCAACUUUUCGAGAUACUGGGACAUUAUCGAGAAGCACGAAGUCACCCAAUUCUAUGUAGCACCGACUGCAUUGAGACUAUUGAAGCGUGCUGGUGACGAUUACGUCAAGGCCCAUAUGCCGAAGUUGAGAGUACUGGGGUCGGUGGGCGAGCCUAUCGCGGCUGAAGUUUGGAAGUGGUACUUCGAAGUCGUAGGCAAAGAGGAAGCACAGAUUGUCGAUACCUACUGGCAAACUGAGACUGGCUCGAAUGUCAUAACUCCUCUGGCAGGAGUAACACCCACGAAACCGGGCAGUGCUUCUCUGCCCUUCUUCGGUAUAGAACCUGCCAUUAUCGACCCGAUAUCUGGCGAGGAGAUACACGGGAACGAUGUUGAAGGUGUUCUGGCCUUCAAGCAACCUUGGCCCAGCAUGGCCCGCACUGUCUGGGGUGCGCACAAGAGAUAUAUGGAUACGUAUCUGAAUGUCUAUAAGGGCUACUAUUUCACUGGUGAUGGAGCUGGUCGUGACCACGAGGGUUUCUACUGGAUCCGAGGACGAGUAGACGAUGUGGUCAACGUUAGUGGACACCGUCUGUCGACAGCAGAAAUCGAGGCUGCCCUAAUAGAGCACCAUUCCGUAGCUGAGGCUGCCGUUGUUGGUGUUGCCGACGAACUUACUGGGCAAGCGGUCAACGCAUUUGUGGCGAUCAAGAACGGCAACGAGGCAUCGGAUGCGUUAAGAAAAGAAUUCAUCCUGCAGGUACGAAAGAGUAUCGGUCCGUUUGCCGCACCUAAAGCAGUCUUCAUCGUGCCCGAUUUGCCGAAGACCCGAAGUGGCAAAAUUAUGCGCCGUAUCCUGAGAAAGAUUCUGGCUGGUGAGGAAGACCAGCUUGGUGAUGUAACAACGCUUUCCGACCCCUCAAUAGUUGAGAAGAUCAUCACCAUCGUACACGAGGCAAAGAGAAAGUGA